AUUGGCUGGUCGUCCUGCAUAAUCUCACCUCCGAGUAGCAAAGGUUUUGUUCACCAUGUUGGAUAAACUGCUUAUUUUAUUUGCCUGGUAACCAAUAGUUUUAUCAUGUCAGUGACAACGGAGCGCCGUGGGCCUAAAGCGUAAAGAUUCAACCGGGUGGCUUCCUCUUUCUGCGCAGACAGCAGGCAGGUUGACGGACACCGAUACGAACGAAAGGAAUACUAUUUUGAUUUGGCGACACGGACACCGAUUAGCUAGCUCCAAUCUGUCAGGUUGAAUACAACUGCCUUCUCUCUGUCGUCUGGCUGCAGGGUACUUUCCCGCAUUAAAAGGAUUUAACUUUUUGUUUUUACUUCGUUAUUUGUUUGUUAUUCAUCUCUCUGGAUGUAUGCUAAUGAGCAGCGAGAGGACAGUGUAAAACAUACUAAAAACAAGGCUGUCGAUGGGGGAAAUAAAUUGUCCGUUAGCCGUCUGUGAGGAUUUGUCUUUUGUUUUUUUGAGUCAUGUUCGAAGCCUCGUCACUCUGUCAGAAUGAUGGGGAUUUCUUAUCAGGAGCGUAGCUCAGUGGAUUGGUGUAAUAUGUGAGUGGAGUGGAUGGCCGAGGCCUGGGCCUGCCUGCGUGCGCUGUUGUAUUGUGGCCUGGGCUGGGGUACACCUCCUCUGCACCGGAUCAGCGGCGUUAAUUACAGCACGAAGAUUACCCUUAUGUACAAAGUAGCCGUCCGGCCUGCGCACGCAUCCGAAGGAGGAUUCGGUUUGUAAUAGAUGCGAUUUCCAAGUCUUGUGGGGCACCGGUGGUGGGAAGAGCAACGGUGCUGGACCAGAGCUUUAAGCAAACUUGUACACUUUUAAAAUAUGAUUGCGCUGCUUCCGUGACAUGCUUUAGAUCACACUGUUUUAUCAAGACGGGGAAGCUGAACUUCAUCAGGAGGAAGGAAGCGCCACCUCUAUCAUGAGGGAGAUCUAGAGCCACCGACUUUUUUUUUUUAUUUAUUGAAGGGGGGGGCGGGGGGCGGGUUAUUUUCUAUUAAAUACAUUUGAUUUAUCUGUGUAGGUAGUAACACAAUUAGGGCUUCACUGAUUUUUAAACUCGUGUGGUCAUUGCUACAUUUUUACAUGCUUAUGUUAGGAUAUGUUAAUAAGCCCCAGGCUACAGUAGCCUAAUGGUGUGGAUGCCAACAAUAAUAAUUUAGAGGAAGUGGGUCAGAUCCUUGUUGGCAUUAUGUUAAGGAGGCUCACCAGAGUAGUUACACUCUCCACAGAUUCGAAGUAGCUGUUGUUGGAUCAUCUGACCACCAAUCUGUUUCUAUAUGUGUUCUUAAAGUUUAAUUAGUUGUAGUGUUGCAACCUGGUAGCCCUCAUCAUCACUAUUAGAAGCAGGUUCUGAGCAGAGGCAUUUCAGCAUCAUUGAAUGGCUCUGUGUGGCGCAACGGCUACAAAUGUUACAAAAAUGAUGGCUGCUUACAACGGGGGGUCCUCAGCAGUGGCUGCCCAUCUCCCGCACCACCACCACCAGCUCCAGCACCUUCAGCCUCCCCACAUGCACCACCAUCACCACGCGGGCCAGCAUCUCUUGCAGCAUCCGGGCUCCGCUGCCGCCGUUCACACAGUCCAACAACAGACCUCCACGGCUGCUGCUGCGGCGGUGAUGCUGAACACCGGCCAGCAGCAGCCCUACUUCCCCUCUCCUGCCCCGGGACAAGCCCCCGGGCCGGCCGCUGCUGCAGCUCCCGCCCAGGUUCAAGCCGCCGCUUCUGUCAAAGCUCACCACCAUCACCACCAUCACCAGCAGCAGCAUCAUCAACAGCAACACACGCACCACCUACAACAGCAGCUGGAUAUAGAGCCUGACAGGCCCAUAGGCUAUGGAGCAUUUGGGGUUGUCUGGUCAGUGACCGACCCCAGAGAUGGAAAACGAGUCGCCCUCAAAAAGAUGCCCAAUGUCUUCCAAAACCUUGUUUCUUGCAAGAGGGUAUUUCGGGAGCUGAAGAUGCUGUGUUUCUUCAAACAUGAAAAUGUGCUCUCUGCUCUGGACAUACUACAACCUCCACACAUCGACUUCUUUGAAGAAAUCUAUGUGGUGACUGAACUGAUGCAAAGUGACCUCCAUAAGAUCAUCGUAUCACCACAGCCACUGAGCUCAGACCAUGCCAAAGUCUUUCUUUAUCAGAUUUUACGAGGUCUCAAAUACCUUCAUUCUGCUGGCAUUCUACACCGAGACAUCAAACCUGGCAACCUCCUGGUCAACAGCAAUUGUGUGCUUAAGAUCUGUGAUUUUGGCCUGGCCCGAGUGGAGGAGUCAGACGAGGCACGUCACAUGACUCAGGAAGUGGUGACACAGUACUACCGCGCCCCUGAGAUCCUAAUGGGAAGCCGCCACUACUCCAACUCCAUCGAUAUCUGGUCUGUAGGCUGCAUCUUUGCUGAGCUGCUGGGGCGACGCAUACUCUUCCAAGCCCAAAGUCCCAUUCAGCAGCUGGAUUUAAUCACUGACCUGUUGGGGACUCCCUCUAUGGAGGCCAUGAGGACAGCGUGUGAAGGCGCUCGUGCACACAUUCUCAGAGGCCCUCACAAACAGCCAUCUCUUCCUGUUCUGUACACACUGUCUAGCCAAGCAACCCAUGAAGCUGUCCACCUCCUCUGUAGGAUGCUGGUGUUUGAUCCGGCAAAGAGGAUUUCAGCAAAGGAUGCACUGGCCCACCCUUACCUGGAUGAAGGUCGACUGCGCUACCAUACAUGCAUGUGCAAAUGCUGCUACACCACAUCCUCUGGCCGUGUUUACACCAGUGACUUUGAGCCUGUCACUAAUCCCAAGUUUGAUGAUGGCUUUGAGAAGAACCUGAGCUCUGUGAGACAGGUCAAAGAGAUAAUCCAUCAGUUUAUUUUGGAACAGCAAAAGGGGAGUCGAGUGCCACUUUGCAUUAAUCCUCAAUCAGCUGCUUUCAAAAGCUUUAUCAGUUCCACCGUGGCUCAGCCCUCUGAAAUGCCUCCAUCUCCGCUGGUGUGGGAAUAGCUGCUGUUGUGUGUCAUCAUCUUUCCCAACUGACAAGCUGCUAAACUGGGAACAAGAACGUGUUUCAAUGUCUUCUAUCAUCUGCGUAGCAUUUCACUGGAGAGCAGGACUCACAGGUCUGCUGUGUCUAUGCUGAAAUAUGAAACGAAUGAAGAGAAGUUCACUGAUGAUUGCUUUAUGGGGUGUAUUAGAGGGGUUUGGUAUGCAAAUGAAUGAGACAAAUGCUCUGCAGACCAAAUCAGAAUGUUUAAAACAAACCCAUCUGGUCACUUCCUGGUAGAUAGGAUUUAAGAAUUAUUGCAUCUUAAUGAAGUAUAUUGUGUUUUGCUAUAUAUAUUAAUACAAAUUUUAAGAAGAUGUCUAUUUUAAAAUUACUGGAAUCACUAUCGGCAAUUCUCCCAUACAAUCAGGCCACUCUGCAUUAUAUGCCCACCUUCACCUCUGCACUGGUAAACUAAAUCCAACUUUGUUUCUGAUUCAGACAAUCAAUUGUAAUUGUGUUGGUAGGCUCAACAUUUUUCCACCUGAAAGAACAUGCUCUUCAGCACAUAGAUAUUUGAACAUAAAUAAGUUAUUAGAGUCAUGUUCCUCUGUGUGUCCUGUAUUGCCCAAUAUUCCCAUGCACAUUUGGCCAUAGUUUUUUAUUAUUAUCAUUACUUUUUUAACUUAUGUAACAAUUCACUUGCCAAAGAUCAAGCGCCUCAUGUAUAAAAAUGAUGCAUAAAGUUGAAGUUGAAGUUCUGGAAUUUAUAAAAUGUUAUCUGUCUGCACAUCCUAUGAUAAAGUGUUUGGGAGGGUAAGAUUAUCCGACAGGCACUUUGUUUGGAGUGCAGUGGUGUUACCUAACACUCAGAACGCAGAAACAAUUCAGUAGGAGUUAAGGAGUCACUCCACUAAUUUUCAUCAUUAAAGUGUUUUUACAGGUCUUUGGGAGCACUUCUGUGAAAAUGAUAGUGAAAAGCUUUUUGUGACACCAGAAGUUGUGUGUAAGUUGCUUUAGGUUUUAAAAAGCAGUCCACUGAUCUAGCAAACAAACUAGUAUGGCACUAAUAGAGUGCAGACCUCUGCCAAUAUUAUCUUACCAUUCCUGGAUCCCCACUUUCAAUGCCUGAUGCCUACAUGACCUACAGUGUAACUUAGCCACUGAGUGACAUCACAGAAUGCAGUCUAUUAUAUGCAGUGUCCCCCUGAGCCGCAGAAGGCUUUCUUCUACUUUUUCCCACAUAUGCAGUAAUAUUCCUCAAGACCUGUAAAUGCACUUUAAUGUAAACAAUAUCUAACUUUUCUGCCUAAAAGUUAUGGCUUCAAAAUCAUUCUGAUCAUAUAGUGUUUUGUAAAAGGGUGUCUCAGCUAAUCUGCCCCUCCAUCACUUGUAACUUCAGUGAGAGGGUAGUAUAACAGUGUUACAUACAUGUUUACUUCAAUAUACAAGUUUUCAAGACAUAAUAUAAUGUGUUAUGUAUGUAGGUAGCACCUACAUUAGGUCUGACAGAUUGUUACAGACCUGGGAUUUGUAUUUACAACAGUGGUAUUGCACUCAAACUGUGGGGGGUGCCAAAUCUCACAAAACGCCAGUUUCUAAAUAAUGUAAAAUUGGUGGAGGUACCCGUUAAAAAGUAAGGGCCGUUUGUCUGUCUGUUUUAGAGUUCUCCUGCCCCCUAGUGAGGAAAAUGGGGAAAAAAAGUUUGUAAGCAGAAAAAAAUAACUGUGAUUUCAUGAAUAAUGUGCAGAAUUACUUUUGACUUGUAUUUGUAUUGGUGGCAGCAUAAUGAUAUGCAAGAGGCACCUACACAAUCUGUCGUUUCUUUCCACAGUUUCAUAGUUUAUCGCCUAUUCAUAGUGGUAUCCUUCCAUGUGAAACUCAAAUCUAAUCACAUUCAUAGCCGGCAAAGUUCAAAUUGCAGCCUCGGACCAAUCAGUUAUUUAUGGUUGUUGUCAAAGAGGAAAGAUCCACAAUUGCUUAGCAACAUAAAAAGAGGAGAUGCGUACAGGAAUGUAAUUACUGUUAGAAUAUUUGUGAUUUUUUAGAUAUUUUUACAUACUGUACAUGUAUUAGCAAGUUAAUGUAUGUAUGUUUGUACUGUAUCUGCUGUUUUGCGCAUGAUUUCAAUGAACACUGUAUGCAAAUAUUUAUACAUGAGGCUCCACAAUAUUUGUAAUUAAGUUGAACCUGUCCCAACAUGUAAACCAUUCAGUCAGUCGUUUUGAAAAGGGUCAGGUAUCCCUUGAAAAUGCUUUUAUUUUUGGUCUAAAUAAUGGAAUAAUGAAACUGAGUGCCCACAGUGUUCAGAGCAUACAUUCAGAUUAGCAUACUGUUAAAUGGAAUCUACUUUAUAAAUUAAUUUUAGGCAUUACGAUGAAUAGUUUUUUGUUGUGGAGAUCUUUCAGUCUUGAGAGUGAACGUUUAAAUGCUCACUUGCAUGUUAACAUGAACAACAAUUUAAUCUGAGAUAUAAUCUGUGAAUAGGAAAUGGGUCCAACAAAGACUAAAAGAUAUGCUUAUACUACACCCUACUCUCAAACAGAAACGUUUAUAGUGUUACUCUCCCCCCUCUUUUGACCAACCCUUUCUCCUCUACAGCUGAUAUACAGCUGAAUACUACUUUGUUGCCCAAAAGUCCUGUCAACCUAACGUAGUAGUUGUUUUCUAUGAAGGAAUGUGUGCUGUCUACUUUGUGCCUCCUAAUUUGACUGCUUGGUCCGUAAAGUAACUAUUCACUCACUCAGACGAACUAAGAAAAUAUUACCCCAAAGAGUAUUGAGAGAAAGUAUCACGAAAGCAAAAUCGCUUAACACAGUCAAACUGCGCUGAACAGAGCAAAAAAAGAAAAAGAAAUUUUUUACAAUCUGGGUCUUGUUUUUGUAGUUGUCCACCCUUCCUGUUGUUUAUGAGAACAUUUGAAUCAGUUGAAACAGUUAGAUUGUGGGCUGUUGUGGGCUCAUUAGACGCACACUGCACUGCUUCCUUCAUUCCAUUUAUAGUUGGGUGGGAACCGUCCAUUUACUUAAAAGAAACAAAAAAUCAGUAGGAUAUAACCUCUUAAAAAACAAAAACAAAUCAAUAUAGAAAACAGUAUAAAAGUGGUUGACUUUUCUAACAUUGCAUAGUAUAAAUAUGAGUUGACACAAAAUAUUAUAUAAAUAAGAGCCUGGCCUUCCUACAUAUGAUUACAUAUUUUAAUGGAAGAAAUCACGUUAAGUGACAUAAAACUGCAUGUUUUAACGGAUCAAACACUCACUUUUGUUGAUUUUUUUUUUUUCAUCCAUCUGCCCAUUUUACAGAUAAUUGAAAAACUUAGGUAUUGUGAAUAAUGACACAAUUAUUUGAUUAGUAACUGUAAUUUGAUUACUGAAUUUAGGAACAAUGUUGCUUACAGAAAAAUGUAAGUGAUUAAAAUAACACAUUGUUUUUUAAUAUGGUACCCCUAAAACUGUUUACAACAGAAUUCAUGUGGGAACCUAAUGAACAGUCAGGCACAGUUACACAUUCACACUUUAGCAUUGUUAUGUUACCACAUAUUUGAAUGUUAACAGUAACAACAUUUUUUCCAGUUAUUUUCUAAACUGUCUCUUGGAAUUGCAUGCUUACCUCCCACCCACAAUGAUAAAGACAGACAUUAGUAAAUGUGUUCAAUAUGAGAAAAAAAGACAAUGACGUGAUGGGUUCAGUUUAUCUGCUUCCAUAUUUUCAAAGAAAAAAAUAAAAAUGGCUACAAAUGGAUCCAUAGAUGGGACAACUAAUGUUAUUUAAUUUGGAAUGGAUUACGGUCAGUGGUAAAGCUGUUCUCAUAAGUGACAAGGAUGAUGGCCAACACUGUAAGUAUCAGACCCACAGUGUAAAGCAAUCACUAAAAAUACUGUAGAACCUUUGGGAAAGAAUGUAGCUGUGGAUUCUCACUGCAGGCAAGAUCCAGUCUUCCUGCAAGCCUGCCUGUGUUGUGCGUAUUCUUCUUUGGAUGAUGAAGACCGGUCAGAAUCAAAACAAAACUUACCAUGGUAAAGAAGCAGUGAAAACCAGCAAUAUUGUUAUUUAAGGUUGUUAAUUCUUUGUUCUGUCUACUUGAAUAUAUCACAACACACUAAUGACCAACUUAUUCAUCAUGGAUUACAUAGAAACAGAUCACCAGUGGAUAAAAACAAGUAGCAUAGGAAUGAGGAAAAAAAGAAUGCAUGGUCUCAUCAGUAUGACUUUUUCUCAAUGGUAAUCCAGUGCUCAAGUGUGCCCUGCUCCACCUCAUACAUGUACACUGUCACCAGACAAAAAGAGCUUUGAAGUAAAUUAUUUAAUAUAUUUUUAGAAUUGUUUUCUAUUCCUGUUCUUGUGUCUUAUGGCAUGCAUUCUUCUCACAUCUCAGAGUUUUAUCAUGUAAAUAUGUAAAAUAGAGAAGCAAAUCUAACCACCAACCUAAAAACAAUACCACUGUAUAGAAAUUGUAUUAGCCUGCACAUUUCUAAGGCUGUGAAGUUAAUUUUAUUUUUAAAACUUGCAUACAAAAUGUAUAUAUUUUCUUGAUUUUUACCCUGCAACUAGGAUCUGUAGAGGACAAAUCAUAUAAUGAUUCACUGUCAUGGUAACUGUAUUUUGUGUGUACAGCAGAGUUGUAGAUAUAUCUAAGGAGAAGCCUUUCUUUGUUUUUGUUGUUAAUUAUUUCAUCACAGCAGCACUGUGUGAAUAUGUAUAUAAAGGAUCACCGUGUUGGUCUCUA